UUCAAGUUUGAACCUCAAACAAAAUGCGUUACGUGGCUGCAUACCUUUUGGCUGUCCUCGGUGGAAACGCCUCGCCCUCCAAUGCCGACAUCGAGAAAAUCCUGAGCUCGGUCGGUAUCGAGGCCGAUUCGACUCGUGUCACCAAGGUGGUAAACGAGCUGAAAUGCAAGUCGAUCGAUGAACUGAUCGCUUCCGGUCGCGAGAAGCUGUCGUCGAUGCCAGCCGGUGGUGGUGGUGCUCCAGCUGCUGGAGGUGCCGCUGCUGCUGCUGGUGGAGCUGCCCCCGCCGAGGAGAAGAAGGAGGAAAAGAAGGAAGAGUCGGAGUCCAAAGACGACGACAUGGGAUUCGGUCUCUUUUAAUAGAGAAUUCACUUAAUUUCCAUCGCGAUGUGCGGUGAUGUUUCGUGGAAACCGAUAAGCCCUGGUCUGAUUGUAACCCAUGUGUACAAUGAAAAAUGUUAUUUAUUUCUGUGAAAUAAAUUUCAAGGACAAAUAAAA